AAACAUUUCUCACUUUUGCUCCAAGAAAAGAGAAAAAUUGUGUUUCUGUAUUUAUUUGUAUUUUUGGAUUUUAUUUAUUUAUUCCUGUCUGUCGUAAUAUUUCUGGGCAAGAAUUAACCAACGGUUCAGACUUCAGAGUAUUCAAGCAACCUUGUGAUAUUUUAUUUUCCCUCCUAAUAUAAACCCCCAACUUAGGCCAGGGUUUCUGAAAAAGGAAAAAAAAAAUCCCACCAAAUAAUUAAUAUAGUACUACCAUCUUUCCAGUAAAGGAAAUCACCAAUGGAAAGAACAGCGCUUCUCCGCUCGCUCUCCUGUUCCUCUCUCGCCUGCAACAAGUUCCUCUUCUCGGCUCCCAAACACUCUCGCUCAUUUCUAUCCAAAUCAUCCACCGUCUCAGCCGCCGCACGGUAUCAGCGCCGUCUCAUUCCCAAUCGCUCCCUUAUUCGACGCAACAACUGGAGGUCACUCUCCGUAGCUUCUUCUCGCUCCUCUCUUCGCUUCACUUAUAGCAACAAACAUUUCACUUCUUUAUCCCCACGCGCCGUCGCCUCUCCUACACAGCCUUAUCCAGAUAUUGCUGGAGUUGAUGAUGAAGUUGCGGAGAAGCUUGGAUUCGAGAAAGUAUCGGAAGAGUUCAUUGGAGAGUGUAAAUCAAAAGCUGUUCUUUUCAAGCAUAAAAAAACUGGUGCCGAGGUCAUGUCCGUUUCAAACGAUGACGAGAAUAAGGUUUUCGGAAUUGUUUUUCGAACUCCACCGAAGGAUUCCACCGGGAUUCCUCACAUCUUGGAACACAGUGUACUAUGUGGCUCGAGAAAGUAUCCAUUGAAGGAACCAUUUGUUGAAUUGUUAAAAGGGAGCUUGCACACUUUUCUGAAUGCAUUCACAUAUCCUGACAGGACUUGCUAUCCAGUUGCUUCCACCAAUGCAAAGGAUUUUUACAAUCUUGUUGAUGUAUACUUGGAUGCUGUCUUCUUCCCCAAAUGCAUUGAGGACUUCCAAACUUUUCAACAGGAGGGUUGGCACUAUGAGCUCAAUGAGACUUCAGAAGAUAUAACUUAUAAAGGAGUUGUUUUCAAUGAGAUGAAAGGUGUCUAUUCCCAGCCUGAUAAUUUAUUAGGGCGCACUGCUCAGCGGGCUCUCUUUCCAGACAAUACCUAUGGCGUUGACAGUGGAGGUGAUCCGCAAGUUAUUCCCAAGCUGACAUUUGAGGAAUUUAAGGAAUUUCACUGCAAAUAUUACCAUCCCAGCAAUGCUAGGAUAUGGUUUUAUGGAGAUGAUGAUCCAAUUGAACGCUUGCGUAUCCUAAGCGAAUAUCUAGAUAUGUUUGACACAAGCACAGCUCCAGAUGAAUCAAAAGUUGAACCACAGAAGCUUUUCUCAGAACCUGUCAGGAUUGUUGAGAAAUACCCUGUUGGUGAAGGUGGUGAUUUGAAGAAGAAGCACAUGGUAUGCCUUAAUUGGUUGCUCUCUGAUAAACCCUUGGACUUGCAAACUGAACUUACCCUUGGGUUUUUGGAUCAUCUUAUGCUGGGAACUCCUGCAUCUCCCUUGAGGAAAGUGUUGCUCGAAAGUGGUCUUGGAGAUGCCAUUAUUGGUGGCGGGGUGGAAGAUGAACUUCUUCAGCCUCAGUUUAGCAUUGGCUUGAAGGGAGUUUCUGAAGAUGACAUCCCAAAAGUAGAAGAAUUAAUAAUGAGUUCUAUUAAAAAGCUAGCAGAAGAAGGUUUUGACACGGAUGCUGUGGAGGCAUCUAUGAAUACGAUUGAGUUUUCACUCAGAGAGAACAAUACUGGGUCGUUUCCUCGUGGCUUGUCUCUGAUGCUUCGCUCCAUUGGUAAGUGGAUAUAUGAUAUGGAUCCUUUUGAGCCAUUGAAAUAUGAGAAACCUUUAAUGAUCCUGAAAGCCAGAAUAGCUGAGGAAGGCUCCAAGGCUGUUUUCUCUCCUUUAAUAGAGAAAUUCAUCUUGAACAAUCCCCAUUGUGUUACCAUAGAAAUGCAGCCUGAUCCGGAGAAAUCUUCUCGUGAUGAAGCAGCCGAAAAAGAAAUUUUGAAUAAAGUUAAAGCCAGCAUGACAGAAGAAGAUCUAGCGGAGCUAGCACGUGCUACUCAGGAGCUGAAACUCAAACAAGAAACUCCUGACCCUCCAGAAGCCUUGAGAAGUGUUCCAAGCCUAUCUUUAUAUGAUAUUCCCAAGGAACCAAUAUGUGUUCCCACAGAGGUUGGAGAUAUCAAUGGUGUAAAGGUUCUGCAGCAUGAUCUCUUCACAAAUGAUGUCCUUUACACUGAAAUUGUUUUUGAUAUGAGUUCACUGAAGCAAGAACUUCUUCCUCUAGUACCACUGUUCUGUCAGUCAUUACUGGAGAUGGGUACAAAAGACUUAUCCUUUGUGCAACUUAAUCAAUUGAUUGGAAGGAAAACUGGAGGAAUUUCAGUUUAUCCAUUCACGUCAUCUAUACAAGGCAAGGAAGAUCCCUGCAGCCAUAUAAUAGUUCGAGGCAAAUCAAUGGCUGGGCGUGCUGAUGACCUAUUUAAUCUGAUAAAUUGUGUUCUUCAAGAAGUACAAUUUACAGACCAACAACGGUUCAAGCAGUUUGUAUCCCAAAGCAAAGCAAGAAUGGAGAACCGAUUGAGAGGCAGUGGUCAUGGAAUUGCAGCAGCUAGGAUGGAUGCAAAGUUAAAUGUUUCUGGGUGGAUUUCUGAGCAAAUGGGUGGAGUCAGGUAG